AAUCUUGCUCCUCUUGCUCUGCUCCCUCAACGUCACACUCAUUUACUAUCUCCACCACCAUUGGGGCCCCGCGCGUCAUGUGCAUCGUCAUCGGUCUCCAACAUUUGGUAUAUAAUUUCGCAAAAACGAUCCAAUUCUAACAUAUUCAACCCCAAUACUCACUUGAACUCAACAACUUCAUCCAUAUAUAAUCAUUAUCAUGUCUUCUUUCGACUCUGACCCCAACAACUUCGACAACACCAACAACAACUCCUCAUACGAAUCGCAAAACCGCCGACGCGAAUUUACUGGCCAGCCUGGCGGCGGAUAUGACCAACAGGCCUCGCGAUUCGAUAACUCCAACUCGAUGGGAGGAGGAGGCUUCGACCAACAAACUCCUGGUCGUGACCAAUUCUCCACAAGUGGUUACAACGAUGAUUCUUUCGGACCACAAUCACAAUCACAAACUGGUCGAUCUGAGUUAAAGAACGAGCGAAGUUAUGGCGGCGAUAGCUAUGGAGCUGGAAACGGCACUGAGAGCAAUCGCUCCACUGGUUAUGGUACAGGCAACACCGGGAGUGCUUAUGGCACCGGCAACGAUUUUUCUGGCGAUCGAAAUGACGAUUCUUCGUAUGGGUCUGGAAAUAACAAUAGCAAUAACAAGCCCAGCUUUGGUGAUAAAAUGAAAGGUACUGCUGAAGUUGCAGCCGGCAAGAUGACGAAGAACCCUGGUAUGGUCGAGCGUGGCCAGGACAGAAAGACCGAAGGCAAUAACUAUUAGAAGCCAAACAUUCAUCAUCAAAUCGAAAAAAACUACUGUAUCAUACAUAUCUUGUAUUAUUUUGAAGAUCAUGGACUGUUUGUUGUAUGAAUAACCAGUAGAAAAAUGCACCACAGUCAGCUUUUGACCCAAUAUUGUAAUUUGUCAAAUUUUUGAAGCUUUGUCGGACCAACUUUUCUGCGUAGUAUAAAUGUUCCACCUUUGUGAUUUAUUCUGCGC